CACUUCCGGCGGGGUUCGGGUUUCCUUCGACUCGCGUUUAAAUGGAGCCGCAGGACGGCAGCUGCUCGACAUCCAGCACCGAGCCGUGACACCGAGCCACCGGCCUGGAACACGGCGCAGAAAGCGGCUCUUUUCUGCGGAGCUUCGUGCGGCUUUUUGUGCGCAGAGCAGCGGAACAAUAACGGAACCGUGACCACAGCUCGGUGCAUCAUCUGCGGAUUCCUGCAUUCUGGUGGAUCCGCUGAUGUGGAGCCUGAUGAUUUAGGAUUUUCUCCACUGUUGGAACAAACUGUAUGCGGCGUUUUGAGUCGCUGUUUUAUUAUUGUUGUUAUUAGUGGCCUGGAUGAGAGCGCAUUUAAAUAGUCAGAGGUUGAAUUACACCACAAGCGACCAUGUUCAGCUGGCUGGGAACUGAUGACCGCAGGAAGAAGGAGCCGGAGGUGUUCCAGACGGUCAGUGAAGGCCUGAAGAAGCUCUACAAAACCAAGCUGCUGCCCCUGGAGGAGAGCUACAAGUUCCACGAGUUCCACUCCCCGGCACUGGAGGAUGCAGACUUUGACAACAAGCCCAUGGUGCUCCUGGUGGGUCAGUACUCCACCGGCAAGACCAGCUUCAUACGUUACCUGUUGGAGCAGGAUUUUCCGGGGAUGAGGAUCGGCCCUGAGCCCACCACAGAUUCCUUCAUCGCGGUGAUGCACGGCGACACAGAAGGCGUCAUCCCCGGCAAUGCCUUGGUUGUCGACCCCAAGAAGCCCUUCAGGAAGCUGAAUGCCUUCGGAAACGCAUUUCUCAACAGGUUUGUUUGCGCUCAGCUUCCCAACCCGGUUCUGGAGAGCAUCAGUGUGAUCGACACUCCAGGAAUUCUGUCCGGAGAGAAACAGCGAAUCAGUCGAGGCUAUGACUUUGCAGCCGUCCUCGAGUGGUUUGCAGAGCGAGUGGACCGGAUCAUUUUGCUGUUUGACGCUCACAAACUGGACAUUUCUGAUGAGUUCUCAGAGGUGAUAAAGGCCCUGAAGAACCACGAAGACAAGAUCAGAGUGGUGCUGAACAAGGCCGACCAGAUUGAGACUCAGCAGCUGAUGAGAGUCUAUGGGGCCCUGAUGUGGUCUUUGGGGAAAAUAGUCAACACCCCUGAGGUGAUUCGUGUCUACAUCGGUUCGUUCUGGUCUCAUCCUCUGCUGAUCCCCGACAACAGGAAGCUGUUUGAAGCAGAGGAGCAGGAUUUAUUCAAGGACAUUCAGUCUUUACCGAGAAACGCAGCGCUGAGAAAACUCAACGAUCUGAUCAAAAGAGCGAGAUUAGCCAAGGUUCAUGCUUACAUCAUCAGCUCCCUGAAGAAGGAGAUGCCUUCAGUGUUCGGGAAGGAGAACAAGAAGAAAGAGCUGAUCGGCAGUCUGGGAGAUAUCUACAAACGCAUUGAAAGAGAACAUCAGAUAUCCCCUGGAGAUUUCCCGAAUCUGAAGAAGAUGCAGGACCAACUCCAAUCUCAGGAUCUUAACAAGUUCCAGCCUCUGAAACCUAAACUCCUGGAGGCAGUCGAUGACAUGUUGGCCAACGACAUCGCCAGCUUGAUGGUUCUGGUCCGGCAGGAGGAAACCCAGCGGCCCAACGCGGUGGUGAAGGGCGGCGCCUUCGACGGCACCCUGGAUGGCCCGUUCGGACACGGCUACGGCGAAGGAGCUGGUGAAGGCAUCGAUGAAGCCGAGUGGGUCGUGGCUCGAGACAAACCGGCCUACGAUGAGAUCUUCUACACUUUAUCUCCAGUGAACGGGAAGGUGACGGGAGCCAACGCCAAGAAGGAGAUGGUGAAGUCGAAACUGCCCAACACGGUCCUGGGAAAGAUCUGGAAGCUGGCAGACAUCGAUAAGGACGGGAUGCUGGACGAUGAGGAGUUUGCGUUGGCGAAUCAUCUGAUCAAAGUGAAGCUGGAGGGACAUGAACUACCGUCAGACCUGCCCGCACACCUGGUGCCUCCUUCCAAGAGGAAAAUACCCGAAUAAAUGUAAGAUUCCUCCACCACCUCCCCUAACACCUGUAAGUAGCCCCACCCCCUUCCGUGGAGAAAAUAGUCCCAGUAGCAUUAUAGCAAAAAAAUGAAAAUUACUAAAGAGAAAUAUUAAAUUAGACCCCAUUUCUGAUUCUCAGUCCUGCUCUGUUGCUGCCAUUCCCAUUUCUGUAGUCUAACCUUCAAGUAGCAAAUACAUUCAAGUAGAAAUGAAGCUGAUGAAGUGGCUGUUAGGAAAUCAAAUGUUACUGUUCUGUAGGUUUUAUGUACCAGAAUGAUACCGACUAGUGAUCCAGCACAAGAACUAUUGAGGAAUAUGGUACAAAGAAGUCAGGUUUUAGAUGUUAGUUGCUGAGUUGUUUCGGAUGUUAUCAGCCCAUUUAAUGGCAGCAGAUCCUUCCUUUUUGUAGGCUCAUGUUUCCACCAGUGUAAGGCUGAUGGAGACACGAUUUAGCGCUAACAAAGAGGAACUAAAGUCUGCAUGAGGUUGAGGCAUAAGUAAGCGAGGUUUCAUUCAGAAGACCCGAGUUAAAUUCCCAUCUCUAACUGUAGUUAUAGUUUCAUUUUGAUGCCUAAGUCUUGUUCUGACUUUGGUUUUUACUCGGUUUUGAGUUCCACUGGCAUUUUCAGUCGAUAUUUGGUUAAGUUUAGGCACCAAAACUGUUCAGUUAAAGUUGGAAAUGGCUCAUGGUUUGAAUUAAAAUGGACAAAAGAAUAGAAUCCCUUUAUUGACAUUGGACAGUGUAGAAUGAGAUUAAGCAGUAAUCCUGUAUGUCAGUUUAAAGAAGUAGAAUAAGAAACAUGCAAAUAUGUAAACACACUAAAAAUGUCAAGUACAUAAGCAUUUUAAAGAACAUAUUAGCUUUUAAAAGUUGAAAAUAUACUGUAUAAAGCCCCUUUUUCUAGGUUUCCAGGAUAGUAAUGCCACUGGACAUGACUACAUGACAGUAGAAGGUUGGUAAGAGAUUUCUUUCUGUUUAUCUUUGACCAGAAUGGGUAAUAAAUGGGAAUAAAAUGCCUCUUGAGGCUACUAGAAGGUGGUAAAGGUCCCUACUGGAAAAAGGAUCUAUGAUGAUUUAAUGAGUUGGUAACAUCCGAAUCUUUUGCAUAUUCAAAAAUUCAUUCUCAAAGUUUUGACAUGACUUUUUGAACAAAAUGCAGCCAUACCGACAACUUCUUUAACAUGAUUAAAGUUUGGAGUUGAGAAAACCUUCAAUUAAAGUUAAAUAAAUUUGAUCUAGCUGUCUCCAUUGGGUUGGACCAGUUCAAAGGUGAUAAAACUUGUCAAAUCUGUCGCCACAAAUACUGGAUUCAUCCUGGGAGGCUGUUAAAAAAGAACUUUUCUCCUUGUGAAAUUAACACUAGAGAUUGUCCAACCAAUGAGACUUUGCAGAUCAACCAGCUGACCAAUCCAUCAGAACACUACAGCUCUACUUCUAGCAUCAUUUAAAAGCUUUUACUAGCUAUUCAAAUGGAAUAGUACUAAAAGUAACUCCUGUUUUGUAGUUUAAAAUGAGUAGUAUUUAGGUUGGACAGGUGAAGAAACACUGGAAUACAGAAAAAUAAAAUCUAAACUACUAGAAGGAAACAAGAGAAUGUGAAGACGAGAAGGAAGCAGGAGAUAAAUAUGCAAAAAAAAACAGAUUAUCGCCAUUAAAACUCUAUGAAGCAGUCUUUUACUCUGCCUCCUUGUAUUAAAGGUCCUGGCUUAUUUUCAGCUGAGCAGUCUGGCUUUUGUUUCAAGGUGACAUGUUAAACAGCGACAAAGAUUUCCUGGAAGCUGUUUGGAGAGCAUAAAUUUGAAGCACACAGCAGAAUAAAAGAGUUUGUAACAGAUUAUUAUAGAAAGAAAAUGGCCUGAAUUACUUAAUAACGUCUUAAAAUGUGAUUAUUAUUUGUCUGGUGCCUGAUUUGAGGUUUGCAUUGAAAGAGGAUAAACUAUGAGUGAUGUUUUAUGUCUUUUCUGAUUUCUGAAUAGUCUCAUUAACAUGUACUGAUACUGUGACUAUGAUAACAAACUAUAUUGUGGGUAUUGUUUGGACACGCUCAGUAUAAAUGUGUUGUGAGGACUCUGAAUGUGUUUCUGUGUGUCCUGACUGUUGUAUGUAUGUUUGUGCGCAUCUGACCACAUGUAUCAGUGUUAUUAUUUGUAUGUACUCAGUCGGCCACUGAGUUGGGAGGAUUCCAGGCGGGUUAUUAAUUAAAAACUGAUCAGUUAUUAUGAUUAUUCAUCUUCUAGUAUAAUCUAACAUGGGAGUGAACAGACAGCUGUGUUUUGUGGUGACACUAAUUGACACGUUUUUAAACUGUUUUCCAUUCACGUAUUUAAAUUGUACACAUGUAAUAAAUAUAAUUCCUCUUAAUGUUUCUCAUACGCCGAUCAGCCACAGCAUUAAAGUACAUUUUGCCUCACUGUUGCUCAUGUUUCACUGCAGUUUAAAGUCCUGCACCUCUAUGGAAACAGAACAACCAUGACAAAGGAGAGAGAACUCAGAAAUGUCUUCUGUGCAGAACGACACAGAAUGCAAUAAAUCCUGUAAAAGACAAAAGUGAAAGUUGAACUUCUUCAUUUGUUUUGCAAAAUUUGCAAAUAAAACCAACAUUUUUCCAAGUGACCCAAGAUGUUACCAACACUUUAAAAGCAUAGAGGCUCCACAUACUAUAGAUAUUUAAUGAUGUCAAUUUUUGCAGCCUCUGUUUUUCAUUUUACUCUGCUCAUCAGCUGUAGAAAGAUGUUUCACCAUGCCGGAUGUAUCUUCCAACAACUUGAUCCUCUGUUUACUGUUUUUGAGCCAUGCUGCAUUUAUUUUACUGAUCCAGAAGGUUUGAUUUAAUAAUAACUAACUCUCACCUUUGCAGAAACACUGCCUGCAGUUCAGCAGAAAACUUCUGCAGUUUUUUUUUUUUUUUUUUAACAGAAUCUAGUGCGAACCUUAUAUUUUUAGUGAAACUUUACAUACAUAAUGUGUGAUUUUGAUGAAAUAUCUGAAUUUUAUGGUUAGAUUUGGGUAAUUUUCUUCACCAAAAUCGCAAGUAGGAAACUUGGAAAUCCAACAAUUAGUUUAGUUUUUCAGUUUCUGGCUGAUAAAUGGUGUUACUUUGACCAUUUUUUAAACGAUAUAAAAUGCUUAUUAAACCCACUGGUGGGUUUCGAGGUUCAGAGAGUUAACUGGAGUUUCAUUUACUCAACGUAAUAGACAUUUUUGUUUAUUAAAUGGUCAGAAAUCAUCGUAAAAUACUGUGAUUUCUGUAGAAUAGUGCAACAGACUAGUUAGUAGGUGGGUUUAAUGUUGUGGCUGAUUGUAUAACUGUAGCUAUAUGCCAGUAUGUGUGUGUUUUCACAUUAGGACCAUGCUUGUGGUUUGUUGCACAAUUAUCAUGAGCCUAUAAUAAGAUAAAACACUCAACUAACUACAAUUGGAUUCCCAUAUGGCAUGAACAUGUUGUAUGAUCUGCAGAACCGAGAUAUUUCCACUUUUUACGAGCCUCCUCGUGUAUUUUCUGUGCCGUUACUGUAAAUCAGAUGUACAUAAGACGACUGGUUGCAUUCCAUGAACACAGAUUGAAAUCAUCUGCCUCAUCCCGAGUGGUUCACCGGCUCACGUUUCAGCCACAUCGGAUGGGAAAAUGUGAAAAAGAUGCCUGCAGUUACAAGUUCUAGUAAUUGUUUUGUAACCCUGACAGAUUGCAGCAUUAAGUCCUGUGUAGUGGUGAACACACUAAGUGGAAACACUGGCGUUACGGUAUUCUUGUCUAAGAUGGUGACGAUUGCAUUGCUUAAAUCUGUACUUCACUGCUUUUCUGUCGACAUAAACAGUCCACAAGUGUAAUAAAGUUCAUAUAUUCAACUCUGAA